AAUGAUGAGAUUGUUUUUGUUAUAAACUAGUACUAAAGUCUACAUAAUAACAAAUGAAUUUAGUCAGCUAAAGGUGCAGCAACACCAAUAAUUUUGUUGAGAGAGACAACUUUCUGGUCAAACUCACCAUUUCUUGAAACACAACAAGAGAGAUUCAUCCGAACUAAAAACAAACAAGAACUCAUCUCCGAUGAUCCCACUUCUCAUGUAAUAAAAAUAAUAAAAACCCAACAAUAAUGAGAUCGGUGUUUCUCUUGUUGUUGUUCUUCCGUCUCUAUCUUCACCUUGUCUCGGUCUCAUGUGCCUCUUCCACAGAAUUCGUCUAUCCAAAUUUCACCGCUUCUAACCUCAGAUUCAUCGACAGCUCCGAUGGAGCUUUCCUCUUCUCCCGCAACUCCAUCUUCAAAGCCGGUUUAUUCAGUCCCGGCGGUGACGACUCCUCUUCCCACUUCUACUUCUCCAUCAUCCACGUCGAUUCCGAUUCCACAAUCUGGACGUCGAAUCGCGACUCUCCCGUUUCGAGCUCAGGGAAGAUGAACCUCUCCCCUCAGGGAAUCUCCGUGAUCGAAGACGGCGUAAACCAAACACCGGUUUGGUCAACGCCGGUUUUAUCCUCCCCGGUUUACUCCCUUCGGUUAACCGACUCUGGAAACCUCCUUCUGCUCGAUCACUCCAACGCUUCUCUCUGGGAGAGCUUUAGGUUCCCGACGGACACGAUCGUUCUCGGACAAAGGCUCCACGUCGGGAUGUUUUUGUCCGGAUCCGUCUCGCGGUACAAUCUCUCCACGGGAGAUUAUAGAUUCGUCGUAGUCGAAACAGGUGGGUUUAUGAAGUGGAGAGGACAGAACUACUGGAAGCUGAGGAUGCAUACACAAGCUAACGUCGAUUCGAAUUUCCCCGUCGAGUUUCUAACGGUGACUACUUCUGGAUUGGCUCUGAUGGGACGGAACGGGACGACGGCCGUGAUCCGCGUGCCGUUAACGCCGUCAUCUGACUUCCGAGUCGCGAAGAUGGACCCGUCUGGUAGACUCGUCGUUGUUAGAUUCUCUGGUGGUAAGAACAUGGUCACGGAGAUCUCUGGUCCUAUGGAUCCAUGUCAAGUUCCCUUCGUGUGCGGCAAGCUAGGGGUUUGCCAUCUCGAUAACGAUUCGGAGAAACAGAGCUGUUCGUGUGUGGAUGGGAUGCGGUUAGAUGCGGGGAAGAAUACGUGUGUUCCGGUUAGCCAGUCGCUGAGUUUACCUGUUUCUUGCGAAGGAAGCAAUGUUUCGUAUUUCGAACUCGGUCAAGGUCUGUCUUACUUCUCGACUAGGUUCACUGAUCCCGCGGAGCACGGUAUCCAGUUAUCGACGUGUCAUGAUCUAUGCAGCAAGAAUUGCUCGUGCCUCGGUGUUUUCUUCGAGAACACGUCUCGGUCUUGCUAUCUGGUGAAGGAUUCGUUUGGGUCUCUGUGGGAUUCGAAAGACAAUAGUGACCUUAUCGGAUACGUGAAGUUGUCGGUAAAGAAAACGAAUGCUCAACAACAGCAUCGUGGAGGUAAUAAAACUAGUCUUCCUUUGAUCGCGCUCGUGCUCUUGCCGUGCUCCGGUUUCUUCCUCGUGAUCGCGUUGGGGUUCCUCUGGUGGAGAAGGUGCGCGGUGAUGAGAUACAGCAGCAUCCGUGAGAAGCAAGCAAUGAGGUUCGGCUCGUUCGGAUCGGGAGAUCUAGGGUCUUUCCACAUCCCGGGUCUACCUAAGAAAUUCGAAUUCGAAGAGCUCGAACGAGCCACGGAGAAUUUCAAGAUGCAGAUAGGAUCAGGCGGGUUCGGUUCGGUUUACAAAGGAAUCCUCCCGGACGAAACCCUAGUGGCGGUCAAGAAAAUCACGAACCACGGGCUUCACGGAAGACAAGAGUUUUGCACGGAGAUAGCUGUGAUCGGAAAUAUCCGGCACGCGAAUCUAGUGAAACUCCGAGGCUUCUGCGCUCGGGGUAGCCAGUUACUGUUGGUCUACGAGUACAUGAACCACGGGUCGUUAGAAAAGACUUUGUUCGGAGGGAAUAAUGGUCCUGUCCUUGAGUGGCAAGAAAGGUUUGAUAUAGCGCUUGGAACGGCGCGUGGGCUCGCGUAUCUACACAGCGGAUGCGAGCAGAAGAUCAUUCACUGCGACGUCAAACCCGAAAACAUUUUAUUACACGAUCAUUUCCAGCCGAAGAUAUCCGAUUUCGGGUUAUCGAAGCUUUUAAGCCAAGAAGAGUCGAGUUUGUUCACCACGAUGAGAGGCACGCGAGGCUAUUUAGCUCCCGAGUGGAUCACGAACACGGCUAUCUCGGAGAAGGCUGACGUUUACAGCUACGGGAUGGUGUUGUUAGAGCUGGUGAGCGGUCGGAAAAACUGCUUGUUCCGGUCUCGGAGCAACAGCGCUGCGGAGGAGAAUCAUCAAAACAACAACAACAACAACUCUUCCAGGACGAUGACGACUAGUACGAGUUCUGGUUUGGUUUAUUUUCCGUUGUACGCAUUGGAUAUGCACGAACAAGGGAGUUACAUGGAGCUAGCGGACCCGAGGCUAGAGGGUCGGGUGACGAGCCAAGAGGUAGCGAAACUGGUUCGGAUAGCUUUGUGUUGUGUUCACGAGGAGCCGGCUCUGAGGCCCACGAUGGCGGCGGUUGUUGGUAUGUUCGAGGGGAGCAUACCGGUGGGGAACCCGAGGAUGGAGUCGCUCAACUUCUUGAGGUUUUAUGGGCUGAGGUUUGCUGAGUCGUCUAUGGUUGAAGGGCAAAUUGGGGAGAGUGAUAAUAUUGGUUUUCACCGGAGAGAGAGCUCUAAUAGCGGUGGCGGCUAUAGGCACUCAGCAUCUUACGUGGCAUCACAGGAGGUGUCGGGUCCACGGUGAGGGAAUUGUCUAAAACGUUAAUCACUUCUUUUUUUUUUUUACCAUUUUGUUUUAUUUAUUUGUUGGUUAUACUUUGUUGAUAGGCCUUGUUCAUAUAUGAUAAUUCGAUAAGUGUUGACAUAGACAAGUGUUUUUUUUUC